AACAUUGAUUGCAUGUUACUUAUUUUUAAAGCUGUGAGAGGAGUGCCGAAAUAUGUAACCCAUCACCAUGCAAUGCUGUUGGAACACUCCGUUGUGAAGACGUGAGUCGAGAUUCUAAUUUACGAUACAGAUGUGUUUGUCGAUCCGGAUAUACAGGCGAAAAAUGCCAAGAAGAUGUUGAUGAAUGUGCCUCAAAUCCAUGCAUCAAUGGAGGUGUGUGUAGAAAUCAGUUGAAUUCUUUCUCGUGUAAUUGUCCAUCUGGCUACAGCGGAGUUUUCUGUGAAGUGCGUCAGGAUACCUGUACAUCUAACAAUUGUCGGAGGUCAGACAAUGGGGCAUCUUGCGUUGAUGAUUAUCAAGCAAAUAAACAUAUGUGCAUUUGUAAUUCAGAAUAUACCUAUGAUGCUGAGGGAAGUUAUGCUCAGUACCAGAUACAGCUAAACAGAGCACCCACAAAUAUUCAGGACUUCACUGCUGUAAAUGAUGUGGACACUGCAGCAGAAUGUAGGAUAAGAUGCACUAGCAUUACAACUCGCUGCAACCUGUUUGCAUUUGAUUGGAAUACCAACAAAUGUUACAUUUGGAGCUCUGACGUAUCCCUGACAUUUGGCACCAAUUCAAAUGUGCAUCUGUACACAAAAUAUGUCAUCAACCCAACUGAUGAUUUCUUUACACCAAGAUAUAGCCUGAAAACACCUACUCCUUCAUCAUCUGCUGAUUCUGAAUCUCUGGCAACUCUGAGAGGUUACGGACUUGAUAUUUGUGGAGGCACUGAACCUUUAUAUACGAGAUGUUGCCGAGUUGGAACUACAUGCUUGGAUAAUAAAAAUUUACCAGGCGGUCUUACAUGUAACCAGGAACUAAGAACACUCUCAUAUCCUUUUGCAAAUCAAGAUUAUGAUAUUCAGUUUAAGUGUUCUGUUAGCAGAGUAUUCAGAUCUUUCACUUGCAAACAGAAAACCGAUUAUUGUGCUUCACUUAGCCCGUGCCAGAAUGGUGCGGCAUGUUCCGAUGUGUUCGGUGGGUAUCGAUGCAGUUGUACAACCGGUUACACCGGCAAAAAUUGUCAGACCAAUAUUAACUCAUGCACAACUAACCCAUGCAUAAAUGGUGGAACAUGUGUGGAUCAAAUUAUUGGCUAUGAGUGUCAAUGUACCGAGUUCUAUGAAGGAACAAACUGUGCCAGUCCGAAAGCUUUCUGUAAUGUUAACAGUUGCAGCCAGCAUGGAUCUUGUACCAAUGUCCCCGGAUCUGGCUACAGAUGUACAUGUAACCUUGGAUAUGAGGGUACAGAUUGUGAGAUUGAAAUAGAUUAUUGCGAAAGUGAUCCAUGUCAACAUGGUGGUACCUGUAAUGGUAGAAUUGGAGGUUACACAUGUGCUUGCAUUAAUGGUUGGCAAGGAAUAAACUGUGAGACCGCAGUGCAAAAGUGCAAUGACCAAGUGACGGGAGGAAGUUGUCAGGGAACCUGUUAUAACAUCUUUAAUGACUAUAGCUGCAAAUGUGAUGCCAACAGAUUUGGGUCAAAUUGUGAAAAUGUUCGAAGUCCAUGCCGGGACUACAACAAGUGUCAAAAUGGUGGCCAGUGCUCUUAUGAUACCUCUAUGAUGUGUAGAUGCCCAACUAAAUACACUGGAGACGGUUGCCAAACCCUCGUUGAUUACUGUGGAAUGACAAACCCAUGUAAGAAUGAUGCCAUGUGUUCUGUGACGAAUACAGGGUACACAUGUACAUGUAAAGACGGCUACGAGGGAAUUAACUGUGAAAAUGAAGUAAAUGACUGCUCCCUUG